AUGAGUUCCACUAGCACUGGGGCAGCGAUAUCCGCAUUGGGGUACUACACUUCAGUCAUGCUUAUCUGCAUGGUGUUAUUCGCUAUUGGUUCCGGACUAUUAAUCACGCUAUUGAACGCAGGAUUCCAGGUUCUUACCGGUCUGGGUGUGGGCGUGGGGUUCGAGAGUGGGAUUAUUGUUGCGCAAAUAAUGAUAUCAAAUAAGCGAAUUUCAAUGGCUAUAUCGUAUGUUUUGUUGUUUAUAAUGCUAGAUGGAGUAGUCUUUGUACCGGUUUCGCAAACACUAUUUCAGAAUAGAUUGGUAAAGGGGAUUGAGAAGAGGGUUUUGGGAUUAGAUGCAAGAGCGUUUUUAGAUAGUAAGAAAGGACAAUUAGAAAAGGUAUUGAAGGUGUAUAUAGAGGGGCUGAGGGCGAUAUUUUGGGUUUCAAUGGUUUAUGAUAUUGGGGAGCUUUUGGCUGUCUAUGGAUUGAAGUGGAAGAAUAUAAGGAAGGAGAAAAAGGAAGAGAGGAAUUGA